UCGGAGCUGAAAUCUGCACUCCACCUUCAGGCAGAAUGAGGUGCACCCCCGGAUUUCUGCUUCUCAUGCUGCUGGCCAGCGACCUUCCUCCAGCCCAUGGUGUUCUGGAAACCUUGUACACAAACUUCAAGUGUAAAUGCCUCAAAGUGAUUUCAGUUCUUAUUCCCUUACAAGAGAUUGAUCGGUUUGAAAUUUUGCCUCCUGGGAAUGGAUGCCCCAAAUAUGAAAUCAUACUCUGGAGGAAAACUAAACCCCCUGUAUGCUUGGACCCUCAAGCCAGUUGGAUAAAAAAAUUAGCAAAAAGAUUACGGAAACUGAAAGCUACUCCAACUCCUCAAGCUUCAGUGAUCAAGAAAAAGGAUGUCUAAUGACAGUAUUUCCACUGAGGACACCUUGCUUUGGGGUUUUUCUUUUGUGUUUUGCAAAUCAUUUGUAAGAAAAGGAACUUUCCUCUUAUAAACAAGCAUGAGAAUAUGUCAAUAUGCCCAGUCAUUCUUGCUCUGGCAUUUACUUUUGUGAUUGGUUAAAUCUUUUGCAAGAAAAGGAACUUCCCUUAUGUAAGCAAGUAUGAGCGUGCUAUAAAAAUAAUCCUAUUGGCACUAAUGGGGCAAAUUUAAGCUUUUAAAAGUAUAAUAGCUUUUAUGUUUGGAAUAAGUUUUCUUAUUCAUCAGGAAGGAAAGUUUUUUGAAGGCAGUUACUUACUUUUGAUGAUAUACCUAUUGUUUAAAUUCUAUGUUUUCCUAGAAAAAAAAAGGGAAAGGAAUUUAAAUCUCAACUCUGAACUGUGUCUUGCAUUAAACAGAAAAGGAAGUAAUGCUUUUUGAUCACUUUAUGCCCUUAUAAAAGCAGCUCUACAUCAGAGAUUUUAAAAAGCUGCCUGGGAAAUUCUUGCAACUUCAGAAGAGUGACAAGAAUUAGGGGCUACACACAAAAUAGCCUCUACCAGAAACUCUUGAGUGGAGUGCAAUCCUACUCUGAAAAUUUCUUUCAAAUACUUUUGUCACUGAUAAAAACUAAUAACACUCAAAAGUUUUCCAGAAAAGCAAUUAAAAUAUGUUAUUUGGAUAUAUUCUUUUUGCUUAAACAAACUCUGUUUUCCUCCACAUCUUUUUGCAUUAACUUUUCAUUUUUUUGUUGUUGUUAUCCUUGGGUAUCUGAAACUUUGAAUCAAUAAACUUGAGUAAAUAUU